AUGCUCUUGAGCAACCCUGCCUAAGACACUCCCCAUGGGCCCCAGGAGAGGCCAAGACGUUGUCAGGGAGAUGGAGAAACCAUUUCUUCACUCACAGGAGGCUUCCCUCACCCACUGCCCAGCAAUCCCGUGAGGCAACAGCAGGGGCUGAGGCAAGUCCAGCUCACAGCCGGGGAGGAGAUCAGGGAUGGGGCAGGUCAAGAAGACAUGUGGUUGAGCCAUUGCAUCAGGCCCAGGAGGGGCAUAAAGGAGGGUCCUGCAUGCUGGGAGGAGGCCGACUUGGGGACCAUGGAGACUCAGAGGGCCAGCCUCGCCCUGGGGCGGUGGCCACUGUGGCUACUGCUGCUGGGACUAGUGGUGCCCUCGGCCAGCUCCCAGGCCCUCAGCUACAGGGAAGUUGUGUUUCGUGCUUUGGAUCAGCUCAACGAGCGGUCCUUAGAAGAUCUCUACCGCCUCCUGGAGCUGGACACGCCUCCCAAGGCCGACGAGAACCUGGACACCCCAAAGCCUGUGAGCUUCACGGUGAAGGAGACCGUGUGCCCCAGGACGACCCAGCAGCCCCCGGAACAGUGUGACUUCAAGGAGAAUGGGCUGGUGAAAGAGUGUGUGGGGACAGUCAUGCUGGCUCAGGUCAGGGACAACUUUGAUAUCACUUGCACUGUGCCCCAGAGUGUCCGGGGACUGCGAAACCUGGGUAGGAAGAUACUAAGAGGUUGGAAGAAGUAUGGCCCAAUUAUCGUCCCAAUAAUCAGAUUAAUUGGGUGA